AGUCCUACUUCCGCAGCAGCGCUGUGAGGAGCGCGGCAAUGGUGUCGAAGUUGCGGAUGAAACAACGGUAGUAGCCCGCCAAGCCGAGGAAGCCCCUGACAAUGCGCGUGUUCUUGGGCAGCGGUGGACGGAGGAGGCUAGGGUAGUUGACGCGGGAAGGAGCAAAAUCGACCAAUGCCGGCCACAUCUGGAGCGUACCGUUCCACGGGUUGAGUGCCGAGGGCCAAUUGGCUGACUGGCCACUGCUACUGGGUGGUUGGUACUGCUGGGGCGGUUGCUGCUGUUGUCCUCUGUUGUUGUUGUUGCAGCGACGGUUGCGGGUUACCUCCAUGUCGACUGGUGUUGUUGCCACGAUUUCCAGCGUUGCCAUAGCCAGUGGAGUGUGCGGGCUUGCUUCCUAACGGCACCCCCCCCCCCCGGAAGUGGAAGGUCGGUCUCCAGUGCCGGCGAGGAGAGCAGUAGAAGCUUAGCGAGGACGACCCUUCGUCAGAUCUUCGAGCAGAAGUUGAGCAUGUACUUCGGAAGUUGAGCAGAAGGUGACCGAAUUUUUCAUUCAAAUCUUGUAUUGCAGUUAGGGAAAGAGUGCGGUCGCCCACAUCACCCAAGUCAUCUGCCAUGGUCUUCAAGAGGCAGCAGUAGUCGUUGAUGCUCAAAUCAUCUUGGUAGAAGAUGUAAAACUCGGUGGAGUGGAUGAGAGCGCUGGACUCGCGGUUGCCCAAGAACUGAUAUUUGAGGCCACGCCACACGAUGCGAGCCGUGGUGUUGUGCGUCAUCACGGACUCCAGUAAGUCGAUGGAGAUGGUGCCGUAGAGCCACAGAACUACAACGCAGUCAGGGCCGGUCCUAUAAUUUCGAGGGCCCUAGGCAAACUCGACGCUAUAGGCCCUAAUUUUUUUUAUUUGUAAUAUAUACUCUAUAAAUCAUUUUUUUUUAUAAAGUGACAUUAAUAAACACUACUGAACAGUAAAUUACACAAUGCAAAUUGCGAUAUGGUAUUUUAUUCUUAAUAAAUAUUGCUGAUAGUAUAAUAAACAACUAAAAGAAUUGUAGAAACAAAAUAGUAUGAUUAUUAAUACCUUAAAUAUGAAACUGCAAAUAUACAAUACCUCUCAUAAAAAUCUCUGCUUCAAGCAUUUCUGACGCAACAUUCUGACGCCUGAAAUUUCCAACUAAAGUAAACAACAAGAACAUCAUUAGAAGUUUAUUGCACUAUAUCAACAGGAACAAAACAAGACCCUAACCUAAUUUUUGCACAAAACAAAACCCUAACCUAGUUAGAAGUCCUCACCAGUCACAGUCUAAAUAGAUGGUUAGAGGCAAAUGAGAUUAAGAGAAAAUCAAAUCAUUAGAAGUCCUCACCAGUCACGAUUAGGUUUCUGGCUGCCUGCCUGGAUGGAGGCUAGGGCGUUGGGAGCGCUAGCGCCUGCUGCUGCCGUCUCUGCCGGAGUAGAGAUUCCGGACUCCGGAGUUGUGACUGAUCACACUUGCGGUCACGCCGUCGUCAGUUGCCCUCGCUCGUCGGCGUCGCGUCGCGGACUCACUGUGUGGGGGCAUCAUUUGGCGUUGACGUCGUCGCGUCGGCUAUCGUCAGGAGGAACAACAAGCACAGAGAACGAACCGGCGCGAUGAUGCGUCGCUUCGAUUACGUCGCACUCUCGCAUCUCCUACUCUCCUUCCCUACUAAUUGCAUCGCACACGCUACGCCAACUGGGCUGCGGGGUGGCCUGCAAGGCCUGUGCAGCAGGAGGGGGAAUGGGGUGGGGGUGGGGGUUGAUGGGCCCCUGCUGGCCUGGGCCCUGGGCGGUCGCACAACCCGCCUAGGCCUAGGGCCGGCCCUGAACGCAGUCCAUGCGCAUCCAAUCUUGAUGAUCCGGCCUGUAGAGGUUGGUGAGGACAUGAUCGGCGAGCACGUACUUCUCGAGGGUGACGAGGAUGAGACCACACCAUUGCCGAAGUUGAGAUCGAGGGUGACGGGCACGAGAGACUUGAUGUUCAGCACCAAGACUGCCUGAGCGUGGAGAUUGGCGGUGGCGUCGUCGUCGAGGUCGACGUUGUAGAAGUUCUAGGCGGUAGGGGCAGAAGGAGCAGCACCGGUCAUCAGAGGGAUGAAACCACCGUAGCCGGGAGGAGGUGGUGGUGGUGCACCGGCUGCCGGAGGAGGAAGACCCAGUAGAGGGAGUGUUGCCGAUGUAGCGCUGGGCGUGAUGAAGAAGGCAGAGACGUCCUGAGCAGGCAGAGCGGAUGCAAAGGCGUCGGAGGUGCCGUAGAGGCCAUCGGUGGCAAGGAUGGCCGUGAGCUCCGGCGGUAGUGGGAGAGAGGUCGGCGGCAGUGUCGUGCCUGCGGGGGCAGUGGUGAAGAGCCUGGCAGACAUCGUCGCAGCCGUCAUGGUGGCAGUCGCGGCCGAGGAAGAAGAGUUGCCGCCGUGGUGGGUGUUGCCGGCGAUGGAGGUGUCAGUACCAGCUUCUCGAUGAAAGAGGCAAGGGCUUUCCUAGUGGCGCAGGCAACAGUGGUGGACGCCGUGUCGACGACGGAGGCGGCUAUGGCUAGGUCGACAUUAACCCUAGAUGAGGGUUGGAAGGCAUCCCGAACUGCCUUGGUGAUGACAGAUGUGGUGGCCUCAAUUGCGGGAGAGGGGGUAUGGGGAGCGUUGUUGGCCAUGGCAAAGGAGCCAUGCGGCGGCGGCGGCGGCGGCGGCUGCGGCAGCGGCGACAGAAGCGUGCACAGCAGAGGAGCGCAUGGCGCGGUGCGAGAUUUAGAGUUGGAGGCCGAAGCUAAAAGCAUCUGAUACCAUGAAAGCGUAUAAGUCAACACGAUAAUAGAUUGAUCAUGGAUAGAGAACAUAUAUAGGGACGGUGGACCCGUAUCUCUACCCGACUUAUAGGAACAGAAUCAGGAGAUAAUUAGGAAACCGAACCCAAUACAAAUAUGACUCUAACAGCCUCUGCCGCCCACUCCCACUCCCUCUACUUCUCCCGCGCCGCCACCUCCACCUCCCCUCACACCGUCCCUGUCGCUAGUUUUGCCGCCUCCCCGUCGCGCCGCCGCCUCCACACACCCCCCCCCCUGCCGCCAAGCGCCGCCUACGCCUCCUCAUCGCACUGCCACCUCUGCCUCCAACUCCUCCGCCACCGCCAUCGCCGAGCACUGCCCCAGCAACGUCCUACACUGCCGCCGCCAUUGCUGAGCGCCGCCAUUGCAUUCUUCGUCGCCAUUGUCAACAGCUGCUGCUGCGCGCUCUAUUGCCGCCGCCAUCGAAGAAACGCCGGUGGUGACAGAACAGACGUCAAGGAAGGCGGUGGCUGCAGCGACAAGAGGAGAGCCGUACGUUGCCAGGCCGUUCUUCGCUCAACCUCGCUGUUGUCGCGGGCUCCAAACCUAGAUGACGGUACAAAUCCAAUGGAGCUUUUGGCCGCUUGCUGCUCAUCACCUCUCAGAAACUUCAGGCUGUAAAAGGGGGGCCAAGGCUGUUUAAUGUUUAUGCAACAUCUAGUUCUACUGGUUGCUUGAGCUUCCCUCCUGAUGCCAGGAUUGAAGCACAUUGUGAAGUUGAAAGGUGCUCACUGCAAUCAUGUUGUACAGGGUCUGUCAAGUUCUAUUUGUCCCAGUUAGUUGAUGCUACAGAAAACUUCUCCGACGGAAAUAAAAUUGGACAAGGUAGCUUUGGCUGUGUUUACAAGGUCAACUGCACUUUUUGUUUGCAGUCAGGGUCAACUGCACGAUGGGCUUGAGGUAGCUGUUAAAAGAUGUUUUGAGUUACCUUGUUCACGUAAUCAAAUGGAUUUCCAAGAUUUGGAGUUCCAAAAUGAGAUUUGCUUCCUUGGGAAGCUUCAGCACACCAAUGUAGUUAAGCUUCUGGGAUACUGUAUUCAGGGAACAGAGAGGAUUUUGGUCUAUGAGUAUAUGCUGAUUGGAAGCGUUGAUACCUUCAUCUUUGGUGCAAGAACAAGAAGGUUGCAUCUGGACUGGUCUACACGCUCUCGGAUAAUUGAUGGGAUAGCUGAGGGACUGCUUUAUCUCCAUAAGCACUGCGGACUACAUAUUGUACAUGGAGAUCUGAAGCCAAGCAACAUUCUUCUGGACUCCAACAUGAAUCCCAAGAUCUCCGAUUUUAGCCUGGCUAGAAGGUAUAGUCCAGGUGUAGAUGAAGAGUACGCCGAUCGCAUACUGGGGUCAAUUGGUUUUAUUGCUCCCGAAUGUCGGGAAAGACGACUUUUCUCAACGAAGUCUGAUGUGUAUGGCUUUGGAGCAUUGGUUCUCGAGAUCAUUAGUGGAAAGCGAUGCUUUUCACUUGUGAGUGGAGAUUCUGGAGACGACUAUCGAUUUCUGAACAAGAGGUCAUGGCACUUAUGGAGAACAGGAAGAUUGAUCAAGCUUGUCGAUUCGCCCUCAGGUGAUGAAUUGGAGACGAGAGAGAUACUAAGAUGCAUUCACAUAGCACUGCUGUGUGUGGAGGAGAACCCUGCCAACCGGCCCACCAUGCAGGAGGUUGUUCUGAUGUUAAGCUGCCAGACUGCUCUGCUGCCUAAACCUCGUUGUCCAGCUUACCUAAGGGCGGAAAUUGUGUCGACACAUCCAUAGCAGUAUAGCACAGCUUUUACCACAAUGACAACUUAUGGAGCUUAGGAUUCAUGUGCAUGUAGUAUUGUUUUUCCAGCAGUAACCUUUUUGAUGAGGAUGUCAAAUUCUUGAGCUUUUGCCUACAAACACAAAUGGAUAAAACAUGGAAGGAGUCCAUAUUUUUGGAAGCUUCUUCAAGAUCGUGUUUGCUUUCCCUAUGGGGAUUGAGGCCCCUGUUCUAUCACUCUGAAUUUGAUGAACAGAUCUGCAUUCCAUCUUUACCACCUUUGUAUUAUGUAGGAGUAUAUGCCAAUAGGUGAACAGUGUACCAUAAUGUUUUACCAGCAUGGUAGAAGCAUAAGCAUGCAUGGAUGUUCACACUUUUCGUAUGGAACAAAAUUCAGCUGACUGCUUUGUUAUUUUCAAUCA